CAAAUUCUCAGCCUCGUACCACACUACAAAAAUCAUCCCCACCCACCCUUUUCUUUUAGUGGAUAUAUAUUAGUCUAGAAAUUAAACUUCUUUCCCUUAAGCUUUCUUCUCUACACUUCCUCUUCUAUCUCUUACUGUUUCAUCCCAAAUUCUUUGCCUAAAUCCAAAGGGGAAAUUGAAAUGCUAGGGAUCAAGAAGUUUGUUUCAGUUAAGAAACUAGCCAAAAAGGCUAAGGCCAUAACCAGUAAUACAAUUUAUCGUGACCAAUCAUAUCAUCAUGAGUACUUUCUUAUCAAGGACAAGGAAGAAUGGUCGCUCACUAGCCCUAAAUCCUCAAUACCAACAGGGAAGUUAGCUCUAUAUGUGGGAGAAGAACGAGAACGAUUCCUCGUUCCAACGAGCUAUCUUUCUCAUCCAUUGUUCAAGAUUUUGUUGGAGAAAACUUACAAUGAGUUUGGCUUUGAGCAAACAAGUGGAUUAGUGGUGCCAUGCAGUGUCAAUGCAUUUCAAGAAGUGGUCAAUGCUGUGGAAUGCUGCAAUGGGAAGUUUGAUUUUGGCGAGUUGGUAGAGGAGUUUUUGUAGAUAUAUGAAUCGUAGCAUAGAGGAUAGGAUGUUUUGUAACUUUUGGCGGAUCACAAUUCUAGUGCGACCAUGGCAUGAGAAAUGGAUCCAAGGAUUUAUGAGCUAGGAGUAAUUAUUUUAGAUGUUUAAUUCUUUUGUACCAUGAGGUUUGGUAGGGUUAGAUUUUUUUUAUUUUUUUUAUUUUUUGUAAUACUUUUUUUUGUAGUAGGUUUAAUUUCCCUUUUUGUUGGGAAUGGAAGAGUUUGAUCACUACCAGAAUAACUCAUAUUUGUGACUAUUUUAUGUGUGAUUGAUUUAUUCGGGUGUUUACUUCAAAUCAAUGGAUGCAUGAUAUGUGUUUGAACAUACACGAUUAUUGUUUAAUCAUGGUUUGUUA